GUGACACAAAAUUGCAAAGUGAAGUUGGUGUUUUAUGUAAUAGACGUGCUCGUUUUUGUAACUGAGACGUCAUGACUAACAGCCUGGAGUUGGAGGUACCGCUCAAGGUCGCGCGUCACCAAAUCGAGCGCGUUGGCUUAGCCUAUUUCAACGCACGCCGCAAAAUCGCGCCAGGUGGUGUCGAGCGUAGCGAAUCCGAUGAGAAGUUGGAGGGCGUCGGCGAGGAAGUGGAAAUAAGCUACCUCAAGUCCCUGGAUCCCAAGGAAUGGAAGGACCAAGACCACUACAGUGUCCUCGGUCUGGGCAAAUUGAGAUUCGAAGCCAGCGAUGAUGACAUUCGUCGCGCCUACAGACGCAUGGUGCUGCAGCACCAUCCGGACAAGCGAAAAGCCAAGGGUGAGGUGGUGAUCAACGACGAGGACUAUUUCACGUGCAUAACAAAGGCCUACGAGAUAUUGGGCACUUCAAAGCCGCGACGCAGCUUUGAUUCUGUGGAUCCCGAAUUCGACGACUCGCUACCCUCACAGACAGAAAUCGACAAUGACUAUUUUGCUGUAUUCAACAAAAUGUUCAAGCUGAACGGACGCUGGAGCGAGAGGCCGCAGGUGCCAGACUUUGGCGAGGUGGACGCCAAACGCGAGGAGGUGGAGCGCUUCUAUAACUUCUGGUAUGACUUCAAAUCGUGGCGUGAAUUCAGCUACCUGGAUGAAGAGGACAAGGAGAAGGGUCAGGAUCGGGACGAGCGUCGCUGGAUCGAGAAGGAGAACAAGGCGGCACGCAUCAAGCGAAAAAAGGAGGAGAUGAGUCGCAUUCGAGAUCUCGUCAAUCUGGCCUACAACAACGACAAGCGUAUACAGCGUUUCAAGCAGGAGGAGAAGGAUCGCAAGGCGGCAGCCAAGCGGGCCAAAAUGGAUGCCGUCCAGGCUCAAAAGGCUGAGCAGGAGAAGGCCGUACGCGAGGCGGCCCUGGCCAAAGAGCGCGCCGACAAGGCCGAACAGAAGCGCAUCGAGCAAAUUCGUAUUGAACGCGAGCAGCAGAAGAAGGUGCUCAAGAAGGAGCGGAAAACGCUCCGGGACAAGGUCAAGGAUUGCAAAUACUAUGCCAAAAACGACAAGGAUCAGCUGAAGCAUAUGGAGGGCACAGAGAAAAUAUGCGAAACGUUUAACCUGGCCGAGCUGCAGGCUCUGAACAAGGCCAUGGAGUCGAAGGGUCGCGAAUCAUUUGUGGCUGCUCUUCAGACAGCCGAACAGAAAAUCGCCGCCGAACUGGAGGAGAUCAACCAGACACAGGCGAAGAAGUUGGCAACCGCCACCGCCGCUGCACCCAAAGCUGCUGGCGUCAAGGAGGUGAAAAAGGGCGAACUCUGGAGCAACGAAAAUGUUCAGUUGCUCAUCAAGGCGGUGAAUCUGUUCCCGGCUGGCACUGCCCAGCGCUGGGACGUAAUCGCAACGUUUAUCAAUCAGCACAGUGGAUCGGGAGGGGCCCAGGUCCUGGCCAGAGAUGUCCUCAACAAGGCGAAGGCCCUGCAGAACAGCGAUCACUCCAAGAGCAGCCUCAAGACGCAGGCCAACGAUGCCGCCUUUGCCAGCUUCGAGAAGUCCAAGAAGGAAGUGCAAGUCUCAAACGACAUUACCAUUGGCGAGGAGGCGCCCUCACAAGAGAGCAAGGAGAACGUCAAGCAGAAUGGUGGUGCCCAUCCCAAUCAGGUGAACAAUCAGAAGCCGAAGCAGAACGGCAUAUCGACACCAGCAGCUGCAGCAGCAGCCCCAGCAGCAGGAGCAGGAGCAGGAGCUGCGCCACCGGCAGCUCCCAUGACCAAUGGCACUGGCGGUGCAGGUGGUGCAGGUGGUGCAUCCAAGACCUGGACCAAGGAGGAGCAGGCACUGCUAGAGCAGGCCAUCAAAUCGUACCCGACCACGACACCCGAUCGCUGGGACCGCAUUGCUGCGUGCAUACCCAAUCGCAGUAAAAAGGAUUGCCUGCGACGUGUCAAGGAGCUUGUCGAGCUGGUCAACUCAAAGAAGGAGGCGCAGGCGGCUGUCAAAUGAGAGCGAACCACCACACACUACACUACUCCUCUUCUAGCUGCUGUGUCCCAUAUAAAUUUUAUUUAAAUAAAACAUAAAAAGUUUUUGAA